AUGGGAUGGGGUGGAACGUUUUCGGACGAGCCACUCAGUCAACUCCUACAGGCGAUCUUUCACGAAACAACAGUCACACAUCUUGACCGGUGGCGGAUAUACGUGUCACCGAAUGAGAGCUGCGUGUUGGAUACGAGUGAUGAACUGAGCGAUGCUGUGCAGUCGUCAUUACCACUUACCGUAAUGAACAACUACUUCUCGAUCGGAGCCGAUGCCCAUGUCGCGCUACAGUUUCAUCAUAGUCGAAGUGCUAAUCCUCAAAUGUUAAACAGUCGGCUGAGGAAUCGUAUCGCGUAUGGUGGUCUUGGUACAAUCGAUCUCUUCAAAAGGAGCUGGAAAGACCUGUCCGAUUACAUCUACCUUGAGUGUGACGGGGUGGACAUGACGCCUCGAAUCAAGGAACUCAAACUGCACUGUAUACUCUUCCACAAUAUCACCUACUACGCUGGCGGUACAACACCGUGGGGCAGCGAAGUGACCGCCGAUGGCGUGAAGCCGAGCUGUUGCGAUGGUCUCAUCGAAGUGCUUGGAUUCACUACUGCUACGCUUGCUGCUCUUCAAAUGGGAGGAAAAGGUGAGCGGUUAGCUCAGUGCUCUCGGGUUUACGUCACGACAUACAAGGCGAUUCCUAUGCAGGUUGAUGGUGAACCCUGUCUUCUAGCGCCGUCGCAUAUCGACCUCUCCUUCCACAGCAAGGUCCCGAUGCUCAAACGGGAGAAGAAGAUCGCUUGUACUCCAAAUCUUAUACGCCGCAAUACGAGGAUCGACAAGAAGGACUCACAGGUGCAGUCAACGUCUCUUAUCAUGCAUUUGCCAGUGGUCGUCGUGGGACGCCAUGACUACGAUACCUACAAAGACGCCAUCGAACGGCUCAAGGACACAGGUAAACAGAGAUGA